UUAUUUACAAUAUUGGACUGCUGCCGCUAGAUUAUUGUUUAACGAAUUCAUUUUACUUCGGUAUAUGUUUAUUAAAGGUUUCAACAAUUAUUUUGUUUUAUGUAUUUAGCAAUCAAUCAAAUGGGAUUUUACAGGUGUACUUCCACAAUGGGCCAUCAUAUCCAAGACCUUCGUCGAACAUAUCGUAUCACCAUCUAAAUACUAAAACCAAUAUUAAGAUGUCUUCGUCUGCACAGAUAUUUGUCUUUGCUCUUCUCGCCUGCAUAGUAACUGCCCACAGCGCAAAACUGAGCAAUUUUCGGAAAACGGAUAUCGUACCUGUAGAAAAAGAAGGAAGAAUUUUAGUAGUGCCAACCCUCGGAGACGUCAUUUUUACGGGGAUUAAAGUUACUUGGUUCGUCAUUUCAUCCGCCUGGUCCCUCGUUGGCUACAAACUGGCGGCCAUUACCCUCCUAGCCAACGUCGGCAUCUGGAUCGCGCACAACUGCCUCCACGCGAUCAUCGGGGCGGCAGUGACGUUGGCCUUCUGCAAGCUCACCGGCAAGUGCACCUUGGACUACGUGGAAUACGAGCCUGAAUACGCCUUGGCGGCCAAGCACCUUGCUGACGGCACUGCUAAAUAUACCAGUUAAUUUGUUAAGUUUAAUGUUUCCAGUUUAUUUAUUAGGUACAAUUGAAAUAAAUUAGU